GCAUCUCGCUAUAUAUUAGAUGAGAUCGAUAUCUAAUAUCACCCUCUAGGCAAUUUAUUUUUGCUUUGAACAUUCAUCUCUCUAGGCUUUAAGCUUAGUAUUUCAAGCAACUUCUUUAGCUUGUACUUCAUACGGAUACCAACAUGGAACCAAUUGUGGCUCUUUUAAUCGGGAAUGGUGGACGCGAGCAUGCGCUAGCUUGGAAACUUGCUCGAUCCCCUCUUGUUUCAAAAAUCUACGUUGCACCUGGUACUGGCGGCACUGAGAGUAAAGGACCAGAAUGCAAGAUCGAGAAUGUAAACAUUGGAGUUUGUGAUUUCGAAAAGCUGGUCCAAUUUUCUUUGGAAAAGAAGGUUAACUUGGCUGUUCCUGGCCCCGAAUUGCCUCUAGUCCAGGGUAUUGAAACUCAUUUCCGUAAAGCCGGUAUUCCAUGCUUUGGCCCUUCCUUGUUGGCUGCUAGAAUGGAAGGUAGUAAAGUAUUCGCUAAAAACUUUAUGCACAGAAACAAUAUCCCAACUGCUGUUUACCGUAUAUUUAGCAACUACGACGAAGCCGUACAAUUCGUAAAUACUUGCUCUUUUGAUAUUGUCAUUAAAGCUGACGGUUUAGCCGGCGGAAAAGGUGUGAUUAUUCCCCAGACAAAGCAUGAAGCAACUACUGCUCUACGUGACAUCAUGUUGAAUGAAGACUUCGGUGCUGCCGGUAAAACUGUUGUUAUUGAAGAAUUGUUAGUCGGUGAAGAGCUAUCUAUUUUAACUUUCACAGAUGGCUACACCUGCCGGUCUCUCCCCCCGGCCCAAGAUCACAAGCGUGCUUUCGACGGCGACCUUGGUCCUAACACCGGUGGUAUGGGUGCUUAUGCACCUGCCCCUAUUGCUACUUCACAAUUGGUUAACCAAAUUCACUCUACCAUCAUCCAACCUACUGUCGAUGGCAUGCGCAUUGAAGGUUAUCCCUUAGUCGGUAUUCUUUUUACUGGCCUUAUGAUUACUCCUCAAGGUCCUCGCGUCUUGGAAUACAAUGUUCGUUUUGGUGAUCCUGAAACCCAAGCCGUUCUUCCAUUGUUAGACAGUGAUUUGGCUGAAAUUAUUGUUGCUGCUUUGGAACGCCGCUUGGAUUCUAUCGACAUUUCUGUAUCAGACAAGUUUAGUUGCGCUGUCGUAUGUGUAGCUGGUGGUUAUCCUGGUUCCUAUCCUAAGGGGGAUCCUAUUACUUUCUCAGAGACCUCAAAUGAGAAUGUUCAUAUUUUCCAUGCGGGAACUUCUCUUAAAAAUGGCCAAAUCGUUACUAAUGGUGGUCGUGUUCUUGCCGUAAAUGCAACCGGCGAAACCGUUGAAUCUGCUGUUAAAUUGGCUUACGAGGGUGUGAAAACUGUACAAUACAAAGAUAUGUUCUUCCGUAAGGAUAUUGCCCAUCAUGCUCUUAAACCCUCCAAUGCCUUCAAAGAAAGUUUAACUUACGAAACAGCUGGUGUUUCUGUCGACAAUGGAAAUCAAUUUGUUCAACGCAUCAAAGAAAUGGUCAAAUCUACUCGUCGUCCUGGUGCUGAUGCUGACAUCGGUGGCUUUGGAGGUGUUUUUGAUUUGAAGCGUGCCGGUUGGGAAGAUCCUCUGUUGGUCAGCGCUACCGAUGGUGUUGGUUCUAAGCUUUUAAUUGCAUUACAUACCAAUAAGCAUGAUACUGUUGGUAUUGAUUUGGUAGCAAUGAAUGUCAAUGACCUUGUCGUUCAAGGUGCCGAGCCACUUAUUUUCCUUGAUUACUUUGCAACUGGUAAAUUGGAUCUUGCGAUCUCCACCAGCUUUGUAAAGGGUGUCGUAAAUGGCUGCAAGCAGGCUGGCUGUGCUUUAGUCGGAGGAGAGACUUCUGAAAUGCCUGGUCUUUAUCACGAAGGACAUUAUGAUGCCAAUGGUACUUCGGUUGGUGCUGUUUCACGUCAGACAAUGUUGCCUAAUUACGAAGCAUUCCGUUCAGGAGAUGUUUUGCUUGGCUUGGCCUCUGAUGGUGUCCAUUCCAACGGCUACUCACUUGUGCGUCGAAUUGUUGAAGUUAGUGGCUUAGACUAUAAUUCCAAGUGUCCUUGGGAUGAUAGCACUUCUUUAGGCUUCUCCUUACUUACUCCCACCCGUAUCUACGUGAAGCCCUUGCUUCAAAUUAUCAAGAAGGGUUUAGUUAAUGGUAUGGCACACAUUACCGGCGGAGGACUUGUGGAAAAUGUACCUAGAAUGCUUCCCAAGAAAUUCAAAGCUGUGAUAGACGCCAAUACUUGGAAGGUCCCAGAAGUAUUCAAAUGGUUACAGCGCACUGGUAAUGUACCUAUUUCUGACAUGGCGAGAACCUUCAACAUGGGUAUUGGUAUGGUUGUCGUCGUCCCUUCUGAACAUGCUGAAGAAGCCAUCCAAGAUCUCUUCAACUCUGGUGAAACAGUAUAUCGUAUCGGAACACUCGCCGAUAAUACAGAUGAAGAGCAAUGCAACUUGCUUAAUUUAGAGAAGUGGAAUGAUCAUUAUUAAUUACGUUCAACUUUGCUUAAACAAUCCUUACACUAUUAAGAAAAAGACUCUUUAAUUAAUUUUUGGUAAUAGAUUUAAUAAAUUUUGCUUACUCAUUAGCUAUUGUCUUCUAA